AGCGGGGGCGCGCAGCCCCCGGCGGCGGGACCAUGGCCGUGGUGGGCUUCGACCUGGGCUUCCAGAGCUGCUACAUCGCCGUGGCGCGGGCCGGUGGCAUCGAGACUGUCGCCAAUGAGUUCAGCGACCGCUGCACGCCAUCAGUUGUUUCAUUUGGAUCCAAAAACAGAGCUAUUGGUGUCUCAGCUAAAAACCAGCAAAUUACUCAUGCCAACAACACAGUGUCUAACUUCAAGAGAUUUCAUGGCCGUGCAUUUAAUGAUCCUUUCGUGCAGAAGGAAAAAGAAAAACUGAGCUAUGAUUUGGUUCCUAUGAAGAAUGGUGGCGUUGGAGUGAAGGUGAUGUACAUGGAUGAGGAACACAUCUUCAGUGUGGAACAAAUUUCAGCUAUGUUGUUGACUAAAUUAAAGGAGACUGCAGAGAGUAACCUGAAAAAGCCAGUAACAGACUGUGUUAUUUCUGUGCUUGGUACAGCGUUUGACCCUUUCUUGGGUGGAAGAAACUUUGAUGGAAAGUUAGUAGAUUAUUUCUGUGCAGAAAUAAAAGCAAAAUACAAACUGGAUCCAAAAGCAAAAGUUCGAGCUCUUCUCCGUCUGUAUCAGGAAUGUGAGAAGCUGAAGAAACUAAUGAGUUCAAAUAGCACAGACAUUCCCUUGAAUAUAGAGUGCUUCAUGAAUGAUACUGAUGUAUCUGGAAAAAUGAACAGGUCUCAGUUUGAAGAACUCUGUGCUGACUUACUGCAAAGGAUAGAGGUGCCUCUGCUUUCACUGAUGGAACAAAUACAGCUGAAAGUGGAAGAUGUGACAGCUGUAGAGAUUGUCGGAGGAGCAACCCCCAUUCCUGCCGUCAAAGAGAGAAUCGCUAAAUUCUUUGGCAAAGAUGUCAGUACUACAUUGAACGCAGAUGAAGCCAUAGCCAGAGGCUGUGCUCUGCAGUGUGCAAUUCUUUCCCCAGCUUUUAAAGUGAGAGAAUUCUCUGUGACAGAUGCAACACCAUUCCCAAUAUCUCUUUUGUGGAACACAGAAGCUGAAGACACUGAAGGGGUCCAUGAGGUGUUCAGCAGAAAUCAUGCAGCACCAUUCUCCAAAGUUCUUACCUUCUAUAGGAAAGGACCAUUUGAACUAGAAGCUUUUUAUUCUGAUCCUAACGGAGUCCCAUAUCCUGAGGCAAAAAUUGGUAGGUAUGUUAUACAGAAUGUGGCAGCCCAGAAGGAUGGGGAGAAGUCUAAAGUCAAAGUGAAAGUCCGUGUCAAUACUCAUGGCAUUUUCAGCGUGUCUACGGCAUCCAUGGUUGAACCAGUUAAAAAUGAGGAGAGUGAAGAUGUCACUGUUGAGACUGAAGUCGAAUCUCAGGACCAGAGGCCUCCUGAAAAUUUGAAUGAUAAAAAUAUCCAGCAAGAGAACAGUGAGGCUGGAACACAGUCCCAGGUACAAACUGAUGGUCAGCAAACGCCACAGUCUCCCCCUUCAUCAGAACCUCCCUCUGAAGAAAACAAAAUCCCAGAUGUCAAGAAAACAAAUGAGAAGAAAGGUGAUCAGCCUCCAGAAGCUAAAAAACCCAAGAUAAAAGUGAAAAAUGUGGAACUGCCUAUUGAAGCUAACUUGGUUUGGCAGUUAGGAAAAGAUCUCCUCAAUAUGUAUAUUGAAACAGAGGGUAAGAUGAUUAUGCAAGACAAACUGGAAAAAGAAAGAAAUGAUGCAAAGAACGCAGUGGAGGAAUAUGUGUAUGAGUUCAGAGACAAGUUGUCUGGACCAUAUGAAAAGUUUGUUUGUGAAAAGGAUCUGCAAGGGUUCUCUGCACUCCUGACAGAGACAGAAGGCUGGCUCUAUGAAGAGGGUGAGGAUGAAGCUAAGCAGGUGUAUGUAGAUAAACUGGAGGACUUAAAGAAAUUAGGUACUCCAAUUGAAAUGCGCUAUCAAGAAGCAGAAGAGCGACCGAGGCUCUUAGAAGAACUGGGACACAGGCUCCAAUAUUAUGCUACGAUAGCUGGGGAAUUCAGGAAUAAAGAUGAGAAAUACAUACAUAUUGAUGAAAUGGAAAUGAUGAAAGUAGAGAAGUGUGUUGGUGAAGUGGUGGAGUGGAUGAAUAAUGCUGUAAGUGCACAGGCUAAGAGGAGCUUAGAUCAGGAUCCAGCUGUGCACUCGCGUGAAAUUAAGGCAAAGCUACAGGAGCUGAACAAUAUCUGUGAGCCUAUUGUCACACAACCCAAACCAAAGGUUGACUCUCCUAAGGAAGAAAAUCCAUUAAAUGAACGGGGUGAUUAUAAAAAUGAAGAUAUGGGAGAAGAUGACAAAAAUUCUGAAAUGCCCCAACAAAAUGGCGAAUGUCACCCAAGUGAUCAAAACACCAUGAGCAUGGACUUGGACUAAACCACUGCACUUGCAGCAAAUUGCUUCAUCCCAUGACAGAAGAUAUUUUUGCUGUCGUAUGUAAUGGGAGUUGGGGGGGCAGGGGAGGAUGUAUUGUUUUGGAAACUAUUUAUAUUUUUUCUUAAAAAUUGUCUGGAAUAUGCUGUAUUAUGGGAGGAGGAAUAGUAAUAGUGGUGGUCAUGACUAUCCUAAAAGGAAAAUUGCCUUGGUAACUUUCAGAUUCCUGUGGAAUUGUGAGUUCAUACUAAGCUUUUGUGCAGUAUUUAACCAUUUGCAUCACUAAAGAUGAAAAGAAGCCCUUGCUCUGAAAUAUACUGCUCCUUCAAGAUGUUAUAGCUGAAACCUUCGUAGGCAUUUGUAGAUGCCAAGGUAGUUUUCUUUCAUCUGGACAUCUAAUUGGGUAUGUCAAUAAAAAGCCAGUGUCUAUCCCAUUCAUAAGGACUUUCCAGAAAAAUCCUCCUGUUCUGAGGCUUUUGACCACUGCAGUCCAAAGCAGUUAUCGGAUAAUAAGAUGGUGAAAUGUGUUAGUAGCAUGCGGAAACGCUUACGUUUCGUCUCCUGCUAAACAAUACAUUUUUCAUGUGGGGUACAUAAAAUGAAGGAAAUGCUAAUUCUGUUAGUGUUAUUGUGAAGCCUUUUAAUGAGCUUUAAAAUAAAGUUCAUUUUACUGGUA